AUGAAAAAGCAGGGGAGCCACGUGAACGCCCUAAAUGACCUUAACCACCAAAAUGAGGAAGGAAAACACAACUACAUGAAUUCCGGUGGUGACAACCACAAGUACUGGCAGUAUAACACCCUCCUGCUUUACAAUGUGAUAAUGAUGUACACGUGCGACUGGCCCUCUCUCUUUGUCGAGUGGGUGCCCAGCGUGUGCAGGUGUGACGAUGAUGUUUACAACCAGGACCUCAUCCUGGGUACCUACACCACGGAGAAAAACAACUACAUAUUGAUUCUGGAGGUGAGCCUGCCGAGUGAAGAGUUUUCGCACUCGAACCUCUACUACGAAAAGAUAAACAAUUACCGACACAACACAUGCAACGACACGAGUAAAAAUUUCAAAAUAAAAAAAAAAAUUUAUCACGAAUGCGAAAUUAACAAAAUUGCUUGUAGUCCCCAAAACAAGGAUGUGAUUGCCUGCUUCUCCUCUGACGGAAAUAUAAAUAUAUUAAACUUAAGUAAUUACAAUUAUGAAGAGGAUGAAGCGAAUAAUAAUGCCGUCGUCAGUUUUGAUUACACACUCAAGGGUCACCUCUACCAGGGGUGGGGUAUUCAGUGGGGCGCAGAUAACAAUUUAAUUUCGUCCUGCGCUGAUGAUUCGUAUUUAUGUAUAUGGGACAUAAAUGCAACUGCGUCCUGCGCGACGAGCACCGCGAAUGUGGCUCCUCCGCUUGUUAGUGGGAGCCUGUGCGCAAGUGGUGGGGGCAGUACCCUUGGAGGGGGCCUCCCCGGUGCAGCUGCAGGGGUCACCACGGCAGGAGUCAGCACGCCAAGCGCCGCAAUCGCAGCAACCGCAGCAACCUCAGCAACCGCCGCAAUCGCAGCGGGAGCAGGAAUUUGCACGACUGGUGGUGGAGGUGGUGAUUUUACCAUCACCAGCUCGAACAGCGAAAAUUGCAAAGGAGGAGUGAUACACCCCUUGAUAAAAUUUUUUAAUGACAAUGUGCCUCUGCAAGAUUGCUGCUGGAAGGACAACAAUGUGUUGACCGUGUCAGAUAACGGACACAUACACAUAUACGACAUUAGGAACAAGAGUGCGGUGAGCUCCAUCAGAGCUACCAACUGCAGUUUAAACUCCAUCGACGUGAAUCCACACAAUAAAAAUAUCUUCGCGACAGGUGGCACGAACAAAGAAAUUGAUUUGUGGGACAUUCGAUUCACUAACAAAUCACUGCACAGAAUCAUAUCACAUAAGGAAACAAUUAUAAAACUCCAGUGGGACAAAUACCAGCCCGGCAUCUUGUCCUCCUCGUCCAGUAAUAAAUAUAUUUAUUUUUAUGACACAAACAAAAUUGGUAUUGAACAGACAUACGAGGAUUCGCAGGAUGGUCCCCCUGAACUUAUUUUCAUUCAUGGUAGCCACGCCUCCAACAUCCUGGACUACUCUCUCAACUCGUCCUACUCCAUGAUGAUCUCCUCCAUCAGCGAAGACAACACGUUGCACAUCUGGCAGCCCUCCAGACAGGCCUACGAGGAUGCCUCAGACACAUACGACGACACCGACGUGGAGUAG